AUGCGAUGGAGAUACAAAGAAACCUUCCUGGAGAUGACAGCAGCCAUCAUGGGACAACAGAGGGAGGGUGUCCAGAAAACAAGAACCACGUGCCUAGAGGUGUGGCGCAGCCUGCUGCAGAUGGAAGAGCGAACAGUUCCCCUCACUACCGCUCCCAGUGUUAGAGGAUCUGAAGAACAGUCUCCAACCACCCACUUCCUGGUUCAUGAACAGCCCGAAGGGGACAAAGAGAAGGAGAAAGACGACAGUGAAUUCAGGAUCUGCUAUGAAGACAGUGAAUUCAGGAUCUGCUAUGAAGACAGUGAAUUCAGGAUCUGCUAUGAAGACAGUGAAUUCAGGAUCUGCUAUGAAGACAAACAUCUGUCCCUCUCACUCUUCACCCAAGAGUCUUAUUCAGACUUUAGGAAGAACGGCAGAAGCAGUGAAGGGCGAGUUCCUCGAGCUGCAACCCCUGAAGCAGUUGAUUGUCAGUUGAGCAACUGGUCAGAAUGGACAGAUUGUUUUCCAUGUCAGGACAAAAAGUACCGACACCGGAGCCUCUUGCAGCCAAGCAAGUUUGGGGGAACCAUCUGCAGUGGUGAUAUUUGGGAUGAGGCCAGCUGUAACAGCCCCACACCUUGUCUGAGGCAAGCACAGUGUGGACAGGAUUUCCAGUGUGGAGAGACAGGUCGCUGCUUGAAACGCCAUCUGGUAUGUAAUGGAGACAAUGACUGCCUCGAUGGCUCUGAUGAGGAAAACUGUGAGGACACCAUGGUCACUGAGGAUGACUGCCAUCAAUAUGAACCAAUCCCAGGAUCAGAAAGGGCAGCUUUGGGGUACAAUGUCCUCACUCAAGAGGAAGCUCAGAGUGUGUAUGAUGCCAAGUAUUAUGGUGGCCAGUGCGAGACUGUGUAUAAUGGCGACUGGAGGAAGCUCCAGUAUGACCCCACCUGUGAACGCCUCUAUUACGGGGAUGAUGAGAAAUAUUUUCGGAAACCCUACAACUUCCUUAAGUACCACUUUGAUGCCCUGGCAGAUACUUUAGUCUCCUCAGAGCUCUAUGAUGAUGCAAAUGAGCUCUUUUCUAAAAUAAAAAAGGACAAGUCACAGUCAAAUGGCAUAACCUUUGGCAUAGGCCCAGCAAAAAUUCCUAUAACACUGACAGCGAGUGUAUCCUGGUCCGACAAAUCUUCAUUCAUGAAGGAGUUAAGCAAGUAUAAUGAGAAGAGAUUCAGCUUCAUGAGAGUGUCUACAAAGGUACAGACCGCACAUUUUAAGAUGAGAAGGCACAAUAUUGUGCUGGAUGAAGGAAUGCUGCAGUCACUGAUGGAGCUCCCAGAGCAGUUCAACUAUGGCAUGUAUGCCAAGUUCAUCAAUGACUAUGGCACCCACUACAUCACCUCUGGAACCAUGGGUGGCAUUUAUGAAUACAUUGUGGUGCUUGACAAACAGAAAAUGGAAGAUGGCCGUAUUACUGCGGAAGAUGUCCAAAAUUGCAUCGGAGGUGCCCUGGGCCUGGAGUUUGGGGAUACUUUAAUCGUUGAAGGAAGUUUAUCAGGACUUAAGUCUUGCAAGAAGUCUGGAGAUGCUAACAGGGAAAUACAGAAGGAGAGCUUGGCAGUGGAGAACAUCAUUUCUAGGGUGCGAGGUGGCAGUUCUGACUGGGGCAGUGGCUUGACACAAAAUAGAAGUACCAUUACAUACCGGUCCUGGGGGAGAUCAUUAAAGUAUAACCCUGUUGUUAUCGAUUUUGAGAUGCAGCCCAUCCACCAGCUGCUGCGGCAUACAAACCUGGGGCCUCUGGAGACCAAACGGCAGAACCUGCGCCGUGCCUUGGACCAGUACCUGAUGGAAUUCAAUGCCUGCCGCUGUGGGCCCUGCUUCAACAAUGGGGAGCCCAUACUCCAGGGUACCAGCUGCAAGUGCCAGUGCAGCGCGGGUCGGCAAGGCCUUGCCUGUGAGCAGAUGGCGACGGAGGGAGCCAAAGCAGAUGGUCGCUGGAGCUGCUGGAGCUCCUGGUCAGAGUGCAGAGCGGGUAUCAGGGAAAGGAGAAGACAGUGCAACAACCCUGAACCCCAGAAUGGAGGUGCCCCAUGCCCAGGGAAAAGCGUACAGACCCAGACCUGCUGAGUACCUUUGGAUACAGGCUGGGAAGUCUGUGGAUGCUGCUAACUGGCCUACCUACUGGGUAGAACUGAUUGCUGCUCCAAGUGACUGCAAACCAACAAAGACCAUUCUCUUCAUAUACUCAUGGAUUGUUUUCUAGUAUGAACCUCAUGAUUCUUAGCCUCUACCAAUUACCUGGUUCCU